AUGAACAGGUAUGAUGUCUCUUUGUUUGUCUUUUUGUUUGAAAAGACGAUCAUUCUAAAGAGACGUCAUUUCAUUGCAAAUAUUAGAUAUUUGUAUCAAAUAACAAUCAACAUGUUAAAAAGAAUUAUUACUACAUCAACUAGUAGAUCAAAUAGUUUACUUGGAUUAACGAGUUGUUCAAUCAAUCAACAACAUCAACAACAAUUUUGUACUACUACUGCUACUUCUAAAACAACUACCACAUCUACUACUACAACUACAACAAAUGAAGAGAUUAAAUUACCAAAAUUAAUCAAACCAAGAGUUCAUUAUACACCAAUCAACGCUAAAUUGGCAUCUACUAUGGCCAAUGAAGGUCUUAUCGAUCCCAAAUUAUCAAAAUUAUUUAAAGGUGAAGUUUUAUUGGAAGGCAUAAAAAAUGAUGGUACAACAUUAAAAUGGUAUAAACAUGUUGGAUAUACAUAUGAUCAAGAAAAAGGAGGAUAUGUACCAACAUUGGAUAAUAGAGCAAUGAAAACACCAUGUGGAAAUCAUUUUGUACUACCAACCAAAGAAUUGGCAAUGGCUGUAGCUGCAGAAUGGCACACUCAAACAACUUAUAUUAAACCAUCAAGACUUCCAUUGUCGAGUGCUCUCGCCACUUGCGUCGAUUUGACACCCGAACAAAGAUUAAAAUCAAUCACUGAAAUUGUAGGUCAUCUCAAAACCGAUCCCGUUUGUAAUAGAGAGGCUGACGAAUCGAGCAAAAUGAGAAAGUUGCAAGACGAAAAGUUGGACCCAGUCUUUGAGUUUGCCAAUGCCUAUUAUGGUGGCGGAAAGAACUUUAAAAUGUCAUAUGGUCUCAACCUCUCCAAGCAUUUGCCGGCCACCCUCAAACGUAUCCAAGAUCAUCUCGGCUCGUUGAGCAAUUUCCAUUUGCUCGCCCUUCAAUUCAUCACCUCUUCAAGUAAAUCUUUUCUCUGUGCACUCGCCAUCUACCAUCAACACGUCAGAUUGGAUGGCAUCUAUGAUACCGUCGCCAUCGAGGAGGAAUACCAGGCCGAUAUCUGGGGUAAAAUCCCUUUUGGUCACGAUUUGGCUGAAAUGGAAACUCUCAAUGAAAUCGCCCCUGCCCUUUUUAUUCUUCGUUGUUUAGAUCCUCUUCCUCUACCUCCUUCAAAACCUAAAAGACAAAUUAAUAAAAAUUAA